UCAUCAAUAACAUUUAGUCGGUCGAGGAUCGAGAUAAAAAAAAUUAAAUCCUAAAUUAUCUGAACGUUCGCAAAAAUUGCUGUUCCGAAACGGUUGAGUUUGUUUUUGUUUAUUUAUUGAUUUAUUCUAUACAUUUAUCAUUUAGUUUUAUUAAUAUAUUCUUCGCCCAACAUUAUGAACUCAUUAAUGUAGUGUUACAAAGAUGAUCCACUGAAAUGAACACCAAACGUUUUGCAAUGGAUUAUCUCAAAGUUUUUGUCUCGUUUUUGGUUAUACACUUGACGUGUCUCGUUAACGGCGACGAACAUAAUCAUUUGUAUAAAAGUAAUGAAGAGGUGGUAUUGUGGAUGAACACUGUCGGUCCAUAUCAUAAUCGACAAGAAACAUAUACUUACUUUAGUUUGCCAUUUUGUGCGGGCCCUAAAGAUACGAUCAGUCAUUAUCAUGAAACACUUGGUGAAGCUUUACAGGGUGUUGAGCUUAUACAUAGUGGACUGGAAAUGCGUUUUAAAGAGGACAUAUCUAAAGUUCAAUUUUGUCAAGUGCACUUGGAUGAUGAAAAAUUAAAAGCCUUUAUAUAUGCUGUACGAAAUCACUAUUGGUAUCAAAUGUAUAUUGAUGACCUUCCAAUUUGGGGCAUUGUUGGAGAAGUAGAUGAAACUAAUAACAAAUAUUAUAUUUGGACACAUAAAAAAUUUGAUAUUGGCUAUAAUGAUGAUCAUAUUGUUGAUGUAAAUUUGACGUCAGAGACCAAGGUUGAACUUAAAGUAAAUACUAAUAUAGAAUUCACUUAUGAAAUGAAUUGGAAAUCGUCUCCUAUCACUUAUAAAGAUCGUUUUAAUAAAUAUUUGGAUCCUAAAUUUUUCCAACACAGAAUACAUUGGUUCAGUAUUUUCAACAGUUUUAUGAUGGUUAUAUUUUUAGUUGGAUUAGUAUCUAUGAUCUUAUUGCGAACUGUGCGAAAAGAUUAUGCUCGUUAUAGUCAAGAUGAAGAAGUUGAUGCUAUGGACAAGGAUUUGGGUGACGAAUAUGGAUGGAAGCAAGUUCAUGGUGAUGUUUUCCGUCCAGCAUCUUAUCCUAUGCUUUUCUCUGCCAUUAUUGGAUGUGGUCACCACAUCACUUUAGUCACUCUCGUAGUUAUAACAUUUACAAUUAUUGGAGAUUUAUAUACAGAACGAGGAUCAUUAUUGGGAACGUCCAUAUUUGUGUAUGCUGUAACAUCCCCUGUAAAUGGUUAUUUUGGUGGAGCUUUAUAUGCUAAGAUGGGGGGGCGUAUUUGGAUCAGACAGAUGUUGUUAUCUGCAUUUUUACUACCUUCACUUGUUUGUGGCAUGGCAUUCCUGAUUAAUUUUAUUGCAAUCUAUUAUCAUGCAUCUCGUGCUAUUCCAUUUGGUUCAAUGGUUGCAGUAGCUUGUAUAUGCGUUUUUGUGAUAUUACCUCUUACAUUGGUUGGAACUUUGUUGGGUCGAAAUUUGUCUGGGCAACCGGAUUAUCCUUGCAGAGUAAAUGCUGUACCAAGACCUAUACCAGAGAAAAAAUGGUUUAUGGAACCUUUAAUAAUCACAAUGCUUGGUGGAAUACUGCCAUUUGGAUCAAUAUUUAUAGAAAUGUAUUUUAUAUUCACUUCAUUUUGGGCAUACAAAAUAUAUUAUGUUUAUGGAUUUAUGUUGCUAGUCGUUCUAAUACUUAUGGUAGUAACAGUUUGUGUCACAAUUGUAUGUACUUACUUUUUACUUAAUGCUGAAGAUUAUAGAUGGCAAUGGACAAGUUUUGCAGCAGCAGCAUCAACCGCAUUUUACGUUUAUCUGUAUUCAUUUUAUUACUUUAUGUUUAAAACAAAAAUGUAUGGACUUUUUCAAACUGCAUUCUAUUUUGGUUACAUGGCAUUAUUCAGCAUUGCUUUAGGUAUCAUGUGUGGUACUGUAGGUUACAUUGGUGCUCAUGCUUUUGUGCGCAAAAUUUACACUACUGUCAAGAUUGAUUGAUCAUCAACCUAAUAAUCACCACCUGUUUAAUUACAACUGUAAUAAUGUUUUUAAAUUAUGUGAGUUUAAAAAUUAAACAGUUGUAGAGUACUCAUAUUUUAUUAUUAUAAUUUUAAUUUUUGAAUUGUAUUAUUUUUUCUUUUAUUAAAUUGUUUUAUUCAGUAUGGAAUAAAAUUAAUUAGUAUACAUGGUGUAUAUAGUAUGUGUAUUGUAAUUUUCAGCAUAUUAUAAACAUAGUCGAUCCUUAUCCAUUUGUUAACAAAUAAUCAAACAUUAAUAUAUAAUUGUAUGUUAUGUAUACAUAAUUUUGUAUAUCAAUAUUAAUCAUUCAUCUGUACAUAUUAAUUAAAUAGAUAAAAACUUCAGUUAUUUUUUUUUUU